AUGUUUAUACUUUAUUGUGCUUGGAAACCAAGAAAAGAAGCAGAUUUGAGCGACUUCUGGGCCGCAGUAGAAAUCAACGAUCACUUUACGAUGAAAUUUUUGGAUAAAUCUUUCAAUGUAUCGCUUGUCAUGCUGCCCAGUGUCAAAUUAUGUAAAAGACAUACGGUGACACAUCUGGUAAUUGUGCCUUCGAGGACCGCAUCGUUCGCAAUUCGUGACGCCAUCCGGGAUACUUGGGCAAACCAAAGCAAUGCAGCAGCAUUAAGAGUUGGAAGAGUUGUUGUAUAUUUCUUGGUUAGCAUACAGCAAGAUGAAGCCAUAAUGAGGCAAAUUGUGAAUGAGAGCGUAGAAUACAACGAUCUGAUUGUCACAUCAAUUGAUGAAAACUACUACAAUCUUACUUUAAAGGUUAAACACUUAAGUGCGCAUUGUGGCUCUGGCGUUUUUAAAAGCUAGCU